UCUACGGUUUGGAAGAAAAGUUGAAGUAUCUAUGGGCUCAUUUCCCGUCAAAAGGUUCAUCUUAUGUGGAGCUGUCAUUGGGACUAUCUGCAGUGCUCUACAGCAAGGCGAAAUCCUUUGCAAUAUACGUAAACAAGCCUUUUUUGGGAGAGAGGUAACUGUGAAUCUCCAGGACACAGUGUUACUCAACUGCUCUGUCCUCCGGGGGGGACCAAUGAGACAGAUUACAUGGAGCAAAGAAGACAAUGGAAGCAAACUUCAGUGGGUUUCCAUAUUACCAUCCGAAUCAGUACCAGGUUUCUGGUCGAGUGUUCAAAUAAGCAAUAUCAGCGCAAAGGAUCAUGGAACAUAUAAAUGCGAGUUGCCAAAGGACAAUGGAACUAGUAUAUGUUCAGUAGUUCUCCAUGUUAACUCCCCACCACAUUUCAUGAAAAGAAGAGGAUUCUUCACCACAACCCCGCAGUAUUUGUCUGAAGGUCAAGAUCCUGUCUUCCAUUGCUACGCAAGAGGCUGGCCGAAACCAUCCUUCACUUGGCUCAAAGAUGAAGUGGUAAUAAAGGAUGGUGACGGUAAUCAUUCUUACGCGCUAACGACAAGAAACAGCGGUCUGGAUUUAAAGAUAUUUUACGUCCGACAGAAAAACCAUGAGGGACGAUACACAUGUGUGGCAAAGAAUAAAUUUGGCGAGAAACGACAUGAAGUCAACCUUUCUGUUAAAAGCUCGGAAAAUGUUCCACCAAAAGUCCAUCCCUACGCAUCUAUCGAUAAAGUAAUCAUUCAGAAAAGUGGCAAUGCGUUAUUGACGUGUGUGGGAGAAAAUACCCCAAAUUCAAUUACAUUUAUCUCCUGGGCGUUCGAAGGAAAGGAUUUGCCACUGGACGGUAACCAUAGACUGCACCAUGAAUCAAACUUCUUUUUUGAUGAGCAGUCCAUUCCAAAAGUUAAUUUCUCAUUACUAAUAAAGAACGUCACGGAGCAGGAUACCGGGGCAUAUCAGUGUAAGGUCCGUACUCUAAGAGGAAGCGACUAUGGCACAAUAUACUUGAGUGUUGUUGAAUCAAACGAAACUACAUUAAAGGAAUUCCAGUACGACGUCUUUAUCAGCUUCAGUACCCUCGACUACUAUUGGGUGAGAGACAACCUCACACCUGUUUUGGAGAGCAAGCGAAUCAAUUACUGUAUUCACAGCCGGGACUUCAUCGUUGGAAAGGCCAUAAUCGAGAACAUGGCAGACAGUGUUUAUAAUAGCAGAAAGGUACUAGCGAUCAUUUCGCGAAAUUAUCUUGACAGCAACUUCUGCCGUGAAGAAUUAGAAAUUGCGAUGCACCGUUCUGCAGAAAUGGCUGAUUCAUCUCUCUUGCUAAUUAGACUCGAUAAUGUUGAUACGAAAAAUCUCCCCAAGACACUGAGGAGGCGGACGUUCUUGGACUACUCAAGUAACUUGGAGAGAGUUGAUUGGGAGGAAAGACUAUUAAAGCAAAUUGAGUUCGAUGCUAAGGGCUUUCAUAGGAAAGUCACAUCAAAUUUGUCAACAGAUAUGGUCCAACUUAUUAGUCAUCUAUAA